GCCACAUCUUCGGCGCGAGAGGAGAACCCGCAGUUGCGAGGGUGUCCUUAAGGAACCAAGGAGUGUCCGAGAGGCGUCCGCAACCACACCUGGAUCCUGGGACACCUCCCUCCCUUCCUUCCUUCCUUCCUUCUCUCCUUUAAAAAAAAAGAGAGGGAUAUCCUACAGUAGAAUCCCCAAGACCUUCUCUCCUUUAAAAAAAAAAGAGAGAUAUCCUACUGUAGUAUCCCCUAGACCUCCCGUCUGCGGUGUUGCUCCACAAGCGAGGCCAUGGCUGUGUUGGACGAAGGGCUGCGGAGGCUUGGCACGCUCUUCUACGCCGUCUCGCCGUGGGCCUCCUCCUUCAGGACGGUGAAGGAGGUGCCCAAUUACAUCAAUGAGGCAGUCCCCUGGUUCUUCGUCAUCGUACUGGUGGAGGAGCUGUGCGGGCGGCUGCUGCAGGGGCGUCAGCUGGGUCGUAUGUGCGAUAAUGUGACCUCGCUAAGUCACGCCAUUCUCUACGAGUCUGUCAAGUGA